CCUUCUUCUACCAUCACCGAUCGGAAACGCAGCCGUCCCUUCCUGUACCAUCACCGAUCGGCAACGCAGCCGUCCCUUCCUGUACCAUCACCGAUCGGCAACGCAGCCGUCCCUUCCUGUACCAUCACCGAUCGGCAACGCAGCCGUCCCUUCCUGUACCAUCACCGAUCGGCAACGCAGCCGUCCCUUCCUGUACCAUCACAGAUCGGCAACGCAGCCGUCCCUUCCUGUACCAUCACCGAUCGGCAACGCAGCCGUGCCUUCCUGUACCAUCACCGAUCGGCAACGCAGCCGUCCCUUCCUGUACCAUCACCGAUCGGCAACGCAGCCGUCCCUUCCUGUACCAUCACCGAUCGGCAA